AUGCAAUUCUCUCUCGUCUCUGUCUUCGCCGUCAUGGCCUCCGUUGUCGCAGCUGAGAACGCCUACGCUGGUGUUGCAUACCCCAGCGGUGCCGUUACCACCCCUUCGCCCGUCGCAUCAACCGGCGUAGGCUCCGCACCAUCUCCUACCGGGUCCCCGAUCGUAUUCAGUGGUGAUGCUUCCUUCAACGGCGUCUCUGCUUUGGGCAUGAUCGUUGCUGGUGGCUUUGCUCUUUUCUUGUAA